GCGGGCAGAGGCGGGGCCGAGGUGCCCUUAUCCCCGGCGCGGGCGGCCGGGGUUCAGAGUGCGGGCCGCGGAGCGGGCAGCGCGGUCUCGGUAUGGGUCCGCGCGCUAGGCCUGCGCGGGCGAUGCCGUCCGGUCCCCCCUGACCCCUGACGCCUGGUGCCGCCGCCCCGAUGGCCGCCGAGCCCCCUGCGCUGCGCCUGCGGCCGCCGGGGAGCGCCGGGGACAGCCCGCCAGUGCCGCGCCUGCUCGGAGGCUGCGUGCCGCUGUCGCAUCAGGUGGCUGGCCACAUGUACGGCAAGGACAAAGUGGGCAUACUCCAACACCCAGACGGUACCGUUCUGAAACAGCUACAGCCGCCGCCGCGGGGCCCCCGAGAGCUGGAAUUUUAUACCAUGGUUUACGCCGCUGACUGUACCGAUGCUGUUCUCCUGGAGCUGCGGAAACACCUGCCCAAAUACUACGGCGUCUGGUCCCCUCCCACCGCACCAAACGAUGUAUACCUAAAACUGGAAGACGUGACUCAUAAGUUCAACAAGCCCUGUAUAAUGGAUGUGAAGAUAGGGCGGAAGAGCUAUGACCCCUUUGCCUCCUCAGAGAAAAUCCAGCAGCAGGUCAGCAAGUACCCUCUGAUGGAGGAGAUCGGGUUCCUGGUGCUCGGCAUGAGGGUUUAUCAUGUUCAUUCUGACAGCUACGAGACACAGAACCAGCACUAUGGAAGAAGCUUAACAAAAGAGACGUUAAAGGAAGGUGUCUCCAAGUUUUUCCACAAUGGCUUCUGUUUAAGAAAAGAUGCGGUUGCUGCCAGUAUUCAGAAGGUUGAGAAGAUUCUCCAAUGGUUUGAAAAUCAGAAGCAGCUUAACUUUUAUGCAAGCUCAUUACUGUUUGUUUAUGAAGGUUCAUCUCAGCCAGCUACUACAAAAUCCCACGAGAGAACUUUGGCCGGGAAGUUUCUCUCCAAAGGCCACCUGUCGGACGCAGACGUCCUGGAAUGCAAUAACAACUUUCACCUGUUUAGCUCCCCGGCCAACGGGACAUCGGUAGGCAAAAGUUUAUCCAAGGUGUACGCGAGGCACAGAAAGCUGUACUCCAAAAAGCACCACAGUCAGACUUCACUGAAAGUUGAGACUCUGGAGCAAGACAACGGGUGGAAAAGCAUGUCCCAGGAGCACCUGAACGGAAAUGUGCUGUCCCAACUGGAAAAAGUGUUCUACCACCUUCCUGCGGGGCGUCCGGAGACGGCAGAAGUGGAAGUGCGGAUGAUAGACUUUGCUCACGUGUUCCCUAGCAACACCAUCGAUGAGGGCUAUGUUUACGGUCUGAAGCAUUUGAUUGCUGUCCUGCGGAGUAUUUUAGACAGUUGAGUCUUGCUGCGGUCUGUGAAGGAGUGGCCUGGGCACCGUGGCGAGCCGCAGGCGUUCGCUGUGCACCUGUAACGCUCUGUAAAAAGUUUGUAUUGUGAGUCAGCGUUCUAUUUGUCUUUAUACUUUUGGUAGAAGGUUAACUUUUUUAUAUUCUUACUCAGGAAUACUAAUUUGUUCAUUAGAAAACUAUGAAGACUAAAGAAACAGGAAAUGUCGAGCAGGGAACGUGCGGGACAGGGAGUAGACAGCUGCAACACUCUGGCAACGUGCAAACCGUUUUGCAGUCAUUCAGAAUUCAUGUCGCUUUGUGUAGCCGUCACCAAGGAACCUGUCCACCCAACCUUGCCGGUGAGCCGUAUCUAAACUAUGACGCUGUCAGGCCAUCCCCUUAGGAUCUGGAAGGCACAGGUUGUUUUCAUCAGGACCAGUGUGCCCGAGCUCCCUAAAACUGGAGAACAUUUCACACAGAAAAUGGGGCUGUGUGGGCUCCCUGUUAAAAGAGCUGCCGAUGAAAGGUGCUUAGAUGUGCGUGUUCCACCAGCAGGGUUCCCCACAGCUCCUCCCUGCUCAGGGCUGCUUCACGGGAAGGCUGACUGAGGCUCGUGGCCGGCAACAGUAGCAGCAGCAGUCUUGGAACUAAGAGCACAAAUAUUUCCUCCCUGGGGUCAGGAGAAGAGAGAUUGUUUGCAAAGAACAAAUUACUCUGUUAUGCAAGCUGUCAUAAAGGGCGGGGCUUUUUAUUACCAACGUGAGGCUUCCGAGAGGGGCAAGGUGGAAACUUGGUUUAUUUCUUCUUUAAAUAAUUUUUGAGAGUUUAUUCCGUUUUAAAAAAUCCAUCUUUUAAAAAAAAAAUGUAUCCCCAUUUACUUUCAAGCCUUAGCGUAAAAACCUUUCUCAGAAUUUGGUUAUGCAGUGACAAACCGUGGCUGCUAUAGGCCAGAAUCCUGUCUCGGUUUCACGCCCACGGCAUCUAACAGAGAAAUUUAUUUUCACUCAGAACAAGGGCAGGCAGCUUUUCCUUGAGAAAAUAGAUUUGUAAGUGUUAUGUUUAUUUAACACCUACCACCUUUUUCAAAUUAACUAAUUAUCAGUAAGAUUUUUUAAAAUUGAGAUUAAAUUUGCAAAUCCUUUUGCUGUCAGUGCUGUGCACUUUGACUCACUGAUGGGUUAGAAUAAUUGAACGGCUUGUCAUUUCUGGAAAAUAUUUUUGAGUUAUGACUUGACUUUUUUUU